AACUUCACCCUUUCGUUUUAUGUGGCAAUGUUUUAUUUCGAAAUAAAUAAAAGAAAAUAGAUAAAGGGAGGGCAGUAGGAGCAAAAGAGGCUAACAAAGAAUGAAGGUCGGCGGCGGGGUGUUGUACGGCGGAGGUCCACGUGGCAACUUCGGGCCUCUGCUUCUCAGCCACCGCAGAGUUUCCCUUCGCGUCUCUUCUUCUUAUUCAUCUUCCUCCAUUUCUGACCACGUCUCUUUCGUCAAGGACGUCGCUGCAACUCAGCCUCCUCAGCAUCUUUCGCAACUCCUCAGCAUUUUGAAAAUCAGAGGUGAAUCAAUUAUCUCUCCGGGUGCUAAACAAGGAUUAAUACCUAUUGCUGUACCACUGUCCAAAAAUAGCUCUGGUAAUGUAACUGCACUGCUGCGCUGGCCCACGGCUCCGCCCGAGAUGGAAAUGCCAGUGGUGGAAGUCAAAAAACAUGGUGUGUGGCUUUUAGCUAAGAGUGUAGACCAAUUUAUACACAGAAUAUUGGUUGAGGAAGAUGCAAAGAACAGCCAAGAAAGGAACGAAGAAUUAUUUUAUGCUUCGGCUGAGGCUGGGAAGAAACUUUACAGAAAGGGUGAUUUUGCUGAGUCUGGAAUUUCCAACCUAGAUUCCUAUCUUUUGAGAAAGGUUGGUCUAUUUCCAGAUAUACUGGAGCGCAAAGUGACUCGGCAUUUUGAGGAAGGGGAUCAUGUUUCAGCUUUAGUAACUGGGGAAUUUUAUACCAAGAAAGAGCAUUUUCCUGGAUUUGCGCGACCUUUUGUGUUCAAUGCUGAAGUUUUGUUGAGGGUUGGGCGUAAGGUAGAAGCUAAAGAUGCUGCCAGGGGAGCUUUGAAAUCACCAUGGUGGACUCUGGGCUGCAAGUAUCAGGACGUCGCUAAUAUAGCACAAUGGGAUGAUGAGCAAAUUGAGUAUAUUAAAGAGAAGGUUACUGAAGAGGGAAGGCAAGAAGAUCUUAAAAAGGGGAAGGCGCCUGCACAGGUUGUGCUUGAUGAAGCUGCUUUCUUGUUAGAUUUGGCUUCUAUAGAGGGAGAAUGGGAUGAUUAUUUGGAGCGGAUUGCCAAAUGUUACGAAGAAGCAGGACUUCAUGAUGUUGCAAAAUUCGUACUUUAUAGAGAUUAAGAGAUUUAGAACAGAUUUUUUCUUUCACCAACAGGCUUCAAUGCAUUUCCAUUUCGGCAUUUCCAGUACUUCAAAUGAAUUUUUGGAAAUAAUUAAAGGAAAAUUAUACAAUUUAUUU